UUUCCAGACAAGGCUCACCCGUUCCAACUCGAGGUGCCAGGGCCAGCUGGAGGUCUACAUCAAGUACGGAUGGCACAUGGUUUGCAGCCAGAGCUGGGGCCGGAGCUCCAACAGGGAGGACCCCAAUCAAGCGUCAAAAGUCUGCCAGCGACUGAACUGUGGGGUGCCCUUAAGCCUUGGUCCCUUCCUUAUCACCGACAGACAUCAGAGCCAAAUCACCUGCUACGGACGCCUGGGCUCCUUCUCCAACUGCAGCCACAGCGGAAGAGAUGUGUGUCGCCCUCUGGGCCUGACCUGCUUAGAGCCCCAGACGACAACACCUCCACCCACAAGGCCCCCGCCCACCACAACUCCAGAGCCCACAGCUCCUCCCAGGCUGCAGCUGGUGGCACAGGCUGCAGGGCACUGUGCCGGCGUGGUGGAGUUCUACAGCGGCAGCCUGGGGGGUACCAUCAGCUAUGAGGCCCAGGACAAGGCCCAGGACAAGACCCAGGUCCUGGAGAACUUUCUCUGCAGCAGCCUCCAGUGUGGCUCCUUCUUGAAGCAUCUGCCAGAGACCGAGGCAGCCACAGCCCAAGACCCAGGGGAGCUGCGGGAACACCAGCCCUUGCCAAUCCAAUGGACGAUCCGGAACUCGAGCUGUACCUCCCUGGAGCAUUGCUUCCGGAAAAUCAAGCCCCGCAACAGUGGCCAAGUUCUUGCCCUCCUCUGCUCAGGUUUCCAGCCCAAGGUGCAGAGCCGUCUGGUAGGGGGCAGCAGCAUCUGUGAAGGCACCGUGGAGGUGCGCCAGGGGGCUCAGUGGGCAGCCCUGUGCGACAGCUCUUCAGCCAAGAGCUCUCUGCGAUGGGAGGAGGUAUGCCGGGAGCAGCAGUGUGGCAGCUUCAACUCCUAUCAAGCGCUGGACGCUGGUGACCCAACAUCCCGGGGGCUCUCCUGUCCCCAUCAGAAGCUGUCACAGUGCCACGAACUUACAGAGAGAAAGUCCUACUGCAAGAAGGUGUUUGUCACAUGCCAGGAUCCAAAUCCAGCAGGCCCAGCCGCAGGCACCGUGGCAAGCAUCAUCCUGGCCCUGGUGCUCCUGGGGGUGCUGCUGGUCGUGUGCGGCCCCCUUGCCUACAAGAAGCUGGUGAAGAAAUUCCGCCAGAAGAAGCAGCGCCAGUGGAUUGGCCCAACGGGAAUGAACCAGAACAUGUCCUUCCAUCGCAACCACACAGCAACCGUCCGGUCCCAUGUUGAGAACCCCACAGCCUCCCAUGUGGAUAACGAAUACAGCCAACCUCCCAGGAACUCCCGCCUGUCAGCUUAUCCAGCUCUGGAAGGGGCCCUGCAUCGCUCGUCCACACAGCCUGACAACUCCUCCGACAGUGACUACGACCUGCACGGGGCUCAGCGGCUGUAACGAACUGGGAUCCAGGAGCAAAAUGCCAAGAGCCAGACCUGCUUGUCCUGAGAAAACUGUCCGCUCUUCACGUGAAAUGAUGUCCCUAUUUCUACCCCGGCCAGAACAUGGACAGAGGCCAGGAGCCUUCCAGACAGGCGCUGCUGCUCCGAGUGGCAGGCCAGCUUACACUGCUGCAUGACAGCUCGGCCGCCCCUCCACGCGUGGAAGCUGUGGCGGGCAGAGCCCCAAAACAAGCAGCCUUCCAACUAGAGACUCAGGGGUGUCCGAAGGGGGCCCCCUUUCCCUGCCCGCUGGGGAGCGGCACCUGAGUGAAAUCGGCUUUCUUCUCAGACUCUGUCCCUGGUAAGCAGUGACAAGGAAGCUCACAGCUGGGCGAGUGCAUUUUGAAUAGUUCUU